GGGGUUUGCUUCACAUUAAGAACGACAAGUGGACAUGGCCAAAGCUAUAAGAGACGCAGUUUUUAAGGGGCUCCUUUUGUUUUUUAUAGCCGCUUAUAUCUGUCAGGCAAAGCGUUUGUAUACUUUUGACGUAUACAGGGUAUCCUGUGACCAAGCCAAUCCUAAAUUGGUGGUCAACUUUUCAUGCUCAUCCCGAAGCUUAAAUCGAACCCUGAAGGCUCAUACUGUUCAGAUUGCCCUUGCUCCGAACAUGACCUUCAACGACAUCUAUUUUCUCAUAAAAUACAAUCAAAGAAUUAACAACGCUUAUCGACGGUCGAUAGCUGAAUAUGAGGAGAAUUUAUGCAAAUACCUAAAUGGGACCGCCAAGGCUCCUUUAACCAAGAUCCUUUGGCCAUAUCUGAGAGUAAGCAGUAAUAUGCCAGAGCGAUGCCCCUUUUCAGGUCUUAUCAAUGUAACCGACCUCGUGUUCGGCGAUGAAUACCUUCCACCCUUUCUCCCGGAAGGGCAGGCAAAGCUGGAUGUUCACAUCCGCAAUGGGAAAGAACGUGUGCCAAUUUUGAACAUUAGAUAUUUUAUUGAAGUGAAACCCAGAGGUGCUGCUAUGUUGAAUCUUUAAAUUAUUUGGUUGAUAUUAAUAAUUUUUGAAUUGCACCGGUUUUAUUGGAAUAUUCCAUUUCUGUUUCUCUGUUUUUCUGUAAUAUUCAC